AUACUUUCUCUUAACUCACGAGCCUCUGCUGUGCAAACGGACAGAUCGUCUUUUCUGUGACACAUGAAGUUUUACUGCAGCUACGUGUUAGAUCUUGUCUGAAAAUAGAACCUGGAAUCCUACAAACAAAACUAUUAUUCACCAUUGAUUUUAACAAACUUGUAUUCUGCCAGGAUUUGUUAUGUGCUCUGGAAAAACCCACACUUCGGUCACCAUCCCGGCUCUUUUGCACCACUAGAAAUUCAGAAUAUGCGGCUGUUCUGCCACCGCGGAACUUUCUCUCUGAAGGCUGACGUUUGGCGCAGGAGCUGCAGGCAUGGUCCCCAGCCUGGUCCCCAUCGCCACCACUCAACCCCUGUGGCACAGCGCACGGCACUGUUGUUGGCAGCGUCUGUGCUGAAGGUGCGGACGCCCCUCCGAGACACCCACGAGGAGGCAAUGGUUAACAGGGGUUCAUCCUGGCGGCUGGAACAUCCCCCCCAGCUCCCCCGCGCCGUUCCCAUGGCGACGGCGUCCUGGCAACCGCUCCCCGCAUCCCGCAUCCUGGCCUGCGGCAGCGGCCCCACUCUCAGACGGACGGACAGACGGACCCAGGCCCCGGCUGCACAGCGCUGGGAUGCAGGGGGAGGCUGGGCAGCGCUGCCCUGCCCUGAUCCGGCACUGACAUAAGUUAUUGACUGGAAAAUGGCCCAGCGAAGCCCAAUCUUCCCAACUCUUGCCCCUUCUGAAAGACGGGUUCGAAACAUCCCGCUGCACAGCCAGGCGUUGACAGCGGUCCCGUUGGCAUCCGCAAGCCUGGUGGAUCAGCUAGAAGACAGAAUCCUAAGCCAUGAGAAAACAACAGCGGCUCUUGUGGAACACGCUUUUCGCAUUAAGGAGGACAUUGUUUCCACUCUGCACAGAAUGCAGAACAAAGGGGGGGGUGACCGGUUGGCUAGGCAACUCCUGGAAGAACAUAUCCGAAACAUAACGGCAAUAGUGAGGCAGCUCAAUCGGGACAUUGAGAUGCUGCAGGAGCAGAUACGCGUCAGAGACAAUCUCAGCUACGGAACAAACUCUACCCUGAAGAGCCUGGAAAUGCGGCAGCUUUCUGGUUUAGGAGACCUUCGGGGAAGAGUUGCAAGGUGCGAUGCUGGGUUAGCCAGACUGUCUGCAGAGCAUAAAAUUACGUAUGAAAGACUUCAGAGCCUAAGUAAAGACCAACACACCUCCAAACUGAUCUUAGAAUCUAAAAUCAAAGAGGCAGAAAUACAGAUUUCUCAUCUUCUGAGCAGAGUAGAGCAAUCAAUAAUGCAACAAGAAGCAAAGCUGAAGAUUGCCUACAAAGAGAGCAACCAACAGCUCCACCUUCUGGAUACGAAAAUAAAAAACGCUAUGGAGGAGCUCAGCAGCCAGAUUUUGUCUGCACGUAGCUGGCUGGAAGAGGAACGUGAAAGGAUUGAAAAAGAGCUUGUGCAAAAAAUUGACCAACUCUCGCUGACUCUUAAGGAAAACACUGAAAUAAGUGAAAGAGCUCGAGAGAUGAAAUUCAACCAAAUGGCAGAGAAAAUCGACAAAAUAGAAGAAAUACAGAAGAUAACCAUGGAAGCACAGGAAGCAAAACAGACUGAAGAAAAGAUAAAUAUUCGAAUCGGCAAACUUCAAAAUGAAAUAAAUGAAGAUAUAAAAGAAAUGAAAGCUGAAGUCAAUGCUGGAUUUGCAGCUAUCUAUGAGAGCAUCGGGUCUCUACGGCAAGUUCUAGAGGCAAAAAUGAAGCUGGACAGAGAUGAACUGCAGAAGCAGAUCCACCAAAUGAAGCAGGAGGUUCCAACGUGGGGAGAAGCUGGACCAUGACUGCAAGAUUUUGUCUGAGAGAUUAAUGUUUACCUGGCUAAAUGGGCAGACUAUAAUCUCGUUUCAGUCUGUAAUCCAGACUAAAUGCAUGUACCAAAUGACAUGCUGCUGUCACACAGGUCCGUACGGUUGCUUGAAGCGGUAAAUGCAAGCUCUUCAUAGACCAAGUGACAACGAGCUCUUAGGGGUCAAGGUGCUGUUUUGCCACUGCACUACUCUCGUUGCUCUCAGGAGAUUUACCACCGUGUAAAACUGGAGUAAUAUAAUGGUAAAGCUGGCACCUUAUUUGCUAAAGUCAUUUCAGAGCUCCCCAGUUUUGUAGCCUUUAGCAGGCAGGUAAAUUCUUUUAUUUAUAUAUAUAUAUAUGUACAUAUCGAUGCACCUGCACACCCUGCAACCCCCCGCCUUUAAAAAAAAAUCAUCAGCUGAUACCAUUUCUUUCCUCUCAGUUUGGCAGAGUUCUCCACCCUGAUACAAAUUACUUAACUGAAGCCCACAAACAUUUUUAAAGUGGCUUUUUCUACUGUUGACUUCCUGGGGAGACAGAAUUGGCGCUAAGCAGGCCCGUUUUCAAAACCUAGAUACCAUCAGAAAAUCUGUUCAGUUUCACAAAGAUCCUCUGUAUGUGUAUGUAAACUAAGCGGUGUUUUAUAACAUAGUUGUAGACUAAGAUGAUUCCUGAACAAUGUAAGAAGCUUAAUUCAUAUGGUCUUAAGUAUUGUGACCUUUGAAAUCAACAGCCAAGCGGAGCAGAGACGCGGAAAAAGAUAGAUAUAUAUAUACAUAGAGAGAGAGAGAGAGUAUUUUCUAACUGGGUAUGUGUUCCUGUGACCUGCUUCAUUCUAUGGAUAAAAACUUCAAGAGCAAAAGAGGAGGUGAAAAUCUAACAUGGUCUGGAGAAUGUAAUGUAAAAUAAAGU